UGACUGAACGACGGCAACCACAACAAAUGUUGCUCACAGACUCUUUCCUCUUGGCAGGUCCAAAAAUGGGAAUGGAAAACCGAACAGGAGCGAUGCAAUUCCAUUUCCGCCCCUUUUCAACAGAUCCCACCGUGCAGGCCGUCCUAUUUAUGGCCUUCCUAUGGUUAUACCUGGGCAGCCUCACGGGAAACCUCACCAUUGCUCUCACCGUCUGGCGCGAGCGCUCCCUCCACACCCCCAUGUAUUUCUUCCUCUUUGUGUUGGCAGUCCUGGAAAUCGGCUACUCCACCGACAUCGCCCCUCUGACGCUGGCCAGUGUCGCCUCCGCGGGGAGAACAAGUGUGUCUCUUUCCAGCUGCGGAGCACAGAUGUUCUUCUUCAUCUUCUUCGGCGGGUCGGAUUGCGUCCUUCUGGCUGUCAUGGCGUACGACCGCUACGUGGCCAUCUGCCAGCCCCUCCACUAUACUCUCCGCAUGAGCUGGCAGGCGUGUACGCAGAUGGCGCUGGGAUCCCUAGCGCUCGGCUUCCUCUUGUCCCUCCCGCUGACCGCUCUGAUCUGCCGUCUCCCGUUCUGCGACGGCACCGAAAUCUACCACUUCUUCUGUGACAUGUCCGCCGUCCUGCGUCUGGCCUGUGCCGACACGCGCGUGCACGAAGCUGCCCUCUACGUCAUCAGCGUCGCCGCGGUGGCCGUCCCUUUCCUGCUCAUCUGUAUCUCCUACGCUUUCAUCAUGGCCACAGUCCUGAGGAUGAAGUCCGCGGAGGGGCAGCGUCGGGCCGUCUCCACUUGCUCCUCCCACCUCCUCGUGGUCCUCUUGCAGUAUGGCAGCUGUACCCUAGUUUACCUUCGCCCCAGCUCCAGCUACUCCCCGGAGGAGGGCCGGGUGGUGUCUCUGGUCUAUUCUUUUUUUUCUCCACUCCUUAACCCCUUGAUCUACAGCAUGAGGAACAAGGAGGUAAAGGAUGCCGUCGGGAGACUGCUGAGAAGACCUAGGCUAGCUCAGAAAGCGAAAACUCUCUUCCCAGAGAAAUGACACAGGGGGAUCUGAAGGAGGAGAAAACUCGAGGGAGUGAGGAAAGGAGUGCCUAUUGGACCACCAGCUUUGCGAUGGUCUGGACCAAUGAAAGGGUAGCCAGGUUUACGUUUCCACUCCUUUUAAGAUCUGCAAUGAAGGUCACAACAUUCCAGAAGACCAUCGGCUAAGGCAGGGCUUCUUCUUUUUCUUCUUCUUUUUUUAACA